AUGAACAUUAAUAUAGACACUGCUAAGGAUACGCUAUGCAAGAAUAUCUUGAUUUAUGGAUAUUGUAAAUUUGAAAAUAAAGGAUGUGCAUUCAAUCAUAAUAGAUCAACUCCUGCAGCCGCUGGAACUGGUGCUGCUGGUGGAGCCACUGGUACUGCUAUAGCGCAACCGGGUCAACCAUUAGGUCAAUCACAAUUACAAUCACCUCAACAACUAAAUAACGCAACCAUUGAUGCAAAGAGGAAAUUUAAUAUGAAUACCCCGUCAUUUCAACCAUCUGGAGUUCAAGGAUUGAGUAAUAAGUUCGCUAACUUAUCACCUAAAUUAAAGGAUAUUCCUCCUUUUAUUCCCGGUGGUCCCAAUGCUCCGAGCAAUGAAAAUGAUAUUAUACCAAUAAAGAAAUUUAAUGCAUCAACCGCUUCAUUUACCCCAUCCUUUACACCAACUUCAUAUACUCCCGAACUUUCUAAUGGUCAAGGUCAACCUAUUGUAAAUAAUGCCAAUAAUUCUAUAAAUAAUAAUAAUGGUAUUAAUGGUGUCAUACAGAAUCCUUAUCUUCAACAACAACAACAACCACAGCAACAACAGGGUAUACCAUCUCCGUCACAACAGCAACAACAACAAGUUCAACAACAAAAUAUACCCCUUCAUAAUAAUAGUAACGAUUUAUACUAUCAACCUCCACCCCAAGUUCAAGCUCAAAUUUCUCCAUCUGCAUUAGGUCAUCCACAAUCACAAGUUCAAAUACCUUCUCAACAACAACAAGCACCAGGACUUAUGGUACCAGGACCUCCUCCACCACCGCCACCGCCUCCACCACCUCAAGCUCAUAAUCAUAAUCAAGCUACUAAUUAUCCUUUAAAUUAUCAUUUAUAUGCUCCAGGACCUCCACCACGAUUUAAUGGAAAUUUAGCUCCCUAUGAAACUAAUUCAUCAUUAUUAUUUAUUAAGAAUGAUUUAAGAGAAUCAAUUCAACAAAAGAAUGAAGCAACUUUACAAACGUUAUCCCAUUCAAAUUUACCUGAUCAUAUAAGUACUUAUCAUUCAUUAGUUCCCAUUGAUAGAAAUUAUGAAACAUUAUCAAAAGUUUGGCAAUUACCAAGUAGUAUUUAUAAAGUUUAUAAUAAUAUGGAUGGUAAUCCAUAUGUAUUAAGAAGAAUUGAACAUCAUCAUCCUAUUAUAAAUGAAUUACCAUUUAAGACGAUUAAGAAAUGGAAAAGUAUUAAGAAUUCGAAUUUAGUUUCAAUUUAUGAUGCUUUUACAACUAUGUCAUUUGGAGGUAAGAGUUCAUUAAUUUUAAUUUAUGAUUUUUAUCCAAAUUCUAAUACAUUAAUAGAUCAUCAUAAGAAGAAUGGAUUAAGAAGUGAAAUUAUUACUGAAGAUAUACUUUGGAAUUAUUUAAUUCAAUUAAUUAAUGUUUUACAAGUUAUUCAUGAAAAAGGAUUAGCAGCUAGAUCAUCAAUGGAUUUAAAUAAGAUUAUCGUUACUAAUAAGAAUCGAAUUCGAUUAUCAAGUUGUGGAAUUAGUGAUAUUUUAGAUGAAGAUAAUUAUAAAGAGAAAGAAGAUGGAUAUGAAUUUGAUCCUGAAGAAUAUAAAACUAAAUUAAAACAAUAUCAAUUAGAAGAUAUUAAGAAUUUAGGGAAAAUAUUAUUUGAAUUAAGUUUAUUAACUAUUCCAAUUAAUUUAAGAUAUGGUAAUGAAUUUGAUCAAGUAAUUAAACAUUUUAAAUUUAGUGAAGAAUUUAUUCGAGUAUUAAGAAUUUUAAAUUUUGAUGUUACACCUCAAUUUUCAUUAAUUAAAUUUAAUGAACAAUAUUUAAUUCGUACUAAUAAAUUAUUUUUAAUUUUAAAUAAUUUACAAGAUCUGAAUGAUUUUGUGGAAUCACAAUUAUCGACUGAAUUAGAGAAUCUGAGAUUAUUUCGAUUAUUAACUAAGAUAAAUUUUAUAAUUGAAAGACCCGAAUUAAAUCCUGAAGUUAAUAAUAAUCGAUAUAUUAUUAAAUUAUUUCGAGAUUUUAUAUUUUUUCAAUUUGAUGAAUUUGGGAAACCAAUAAUUGAAUUACUGAGAGUUUUAACAAAUUUAAAUAAAUUAGAUGCUGGAAUUGAAGAGAAAUUAUUAUUAGUGAGUCGAGAUGAAAAGAAUUGUAUUAUUGUUAGUUAUAAAGAGUUAAGAGAUAUAAUUGAUUCAUUAUUUAGAGGUAUAACAUCACAAUAUUAUAAGUGA